ACCGAUUGAGCAGCAUUGCCUUCAUUUGGUCGCUAUAUCCGGAAAUGUAGAGUGUUUUCAAUCAAUAGCUGAUUUAGCUCUAAAAGAUAUGAAUGAAACAGAAAAAGAAAUAUUCAUGGAGAGUCUAUUAGACAAUGAUGGUUGGACAGUUUUACAUCAUGCAUGUUUGAAAGGAAACAAAGAUAUUUGCUUGUACUUAAUCGGAGAAUAUCCUAGAUUGCUUUCCAAAAAAGACCGAUGUGAGCAGCAUUGCCUUCAUUUGGUCGCUGAAUCCGGAAAUGUAGAGUGUUUUCAAUCAAUAGCUGAUUUAGCUCUAAAAGAUAUGAAUGAAACAGAAAAAGAAAUAUUCAUGGAGAGUCUAUUAGACAAUGAUGGUAUGACAGUUUUACAUCAGGCAUGUUUGAAAGACAAAGAUAUCUGCUUGUACUUAAUCGGAGAAUAUCCUAGAUUGCUUUCCAAAAAAGACCGAUGUGAGCAGCAUUGCCUUCAUUUGGUCGCUAAAUCCGGAAAUGUAGAGUGUUUUCAAUCAAUAGCUGAUUUAGCUCUAAAAGAUAUGAAUGAAACAGAAAAAGAAAUAUUCAUGGAGAGUCUAUUAGACAAUGAUGGUUGGACAGUUUUACAUCAGGCAUGUUUGAAAGGGAACAAAGAUAUCUGCUUGUACUUAAUCGGAGAAUAUCCUAGAUUGCUUUACAAAAAAGACCGAUGUGAGCAGCAUUGCCUUCAUUUGGUCGCUGAAUCCGGCAAUAUAGAUUGUUUUCAAUCAAUAGCUGAUUUAGCUAUAAAAGAUAUGAACGAAACAGGAAAAGAAAUAUUUAUGGAGAGUCUGAUAGACAAGUAUGGUACGACAGUUUUAUACCAUGCAUCUGUGAAAGGAAACAAAGAUAUUUGCUUGUACUUAAUCAGAGAAUAUCCUAGAUUGCUUUACAAAAAAAACCGAUGUGAGCAGCAUUGCCUUCAUUCGAUUGCAAUAUCCGAGUGUUUUCAAUCAAUAGGUGAUAUAGCACUAAAAGAUAUGAAUUUUUACACCAUGCCGGUGAGAGAAGGAAAACAGAGAUGUGUCUGUAUUUGAUCAGUGAAUUUCAAUGGUCGUUAUCCAAGCGAAGUCAAUGUGGCAGUCACUGUCUCCAUUAUAUUACACAAUCGGGUCAGAUAGAGUGCUUUAAAUCUGUACUAGCUCUAAUUCUGAAGGGCAAGGAUCAGAAAGAGAGAGAGUUCAUUUUAGAUUUAAAAGAUAGCAGAGGAAAGACUUAUUGGACAAAGCACGUGCAAAUGGACAAACAGAAAUGUGUUCUUACUUGAAAGUUCAGUUUCAUUUUCCGGAACAUCAUUUCAAUUACGCGUAGCUUUGAAUAAAUGGGGACCGCGGUGGCCGAGAGGUUAAGGUGUCCUGACACUUUAUCACUAGCCCUCCACCUCUGGGUUACGAGUUCGAAACCUAAGUGGGGCUGUUACCAGAUACUGACCGUAGGCUGGUGUUUUUUCUCCGGGUACCUCGAAAAUAUGGAACGUCAUUAAAUGACCCUGUCUGUUAAAAGGACGUUAAGUUAAACAAAAACAAACCUUGAAUAAAUACGUUAUCGUUUCCAUACCGUCACAUUAAGUUCUGAUGAAAUAUUUGAUGGAUAAGAUUUAUAAUAAUCCUACGCUCAAAUGCUGUGAUUAAGCUUCAUGAGUGAUAGCAGCGAUGAACGUUACCAUAUUAUAUAUAUAUAUAUAUAGUAAUAAUAAUAAAAAACACAAACCAGAAAAUCACAAGCGCUUUCACAUGCUUUGAGAGCAAGCUCUUCAGGUGUAAUAAAUAUAUGUGUAGCAUGGAAAACUGAGAUCAAUGACUCAAAGGCAUAUUACAUUAAAGUUGCAUAUAGAGACAUACAAGAUAUCGUGUUGAGGGGUUGACAGUGUACAUUACAAUGGGACGAUACAGUAAACCUGUAUAUAGAGACACACCGGAUACCUGUGUUCAGGAGUUGAUAGUGUUAAUUACAAUGGGACAAUACAGUAAACCUGUAUAUAGAGACACACCGGAUACCUGUGUUCAGGAGUUGAUAGUGUACAUUACAAUGGGACGAUACAGUAAACCUGUAUAUAGAGACACACCCGAUACCUGUGUUCAGGAGUUGAUAGUGUACAUUACAAUGGGACGAUACAGUAAACCUGUAUAUAGAGACACACCCGAUACCUGUGUUCAGGAGUUGACAGUGUACAUUACAAUGGGACGAUACAGUAAACCUGUAUAUAGAGACACACCCGAUACCUGUGUUCAGGAGUUGAUAGUGUACAUUACAGUGAGACAAUACAGUAAACCUGUAUAUAGAGACACGCCCGAUACCUGUGUUCAGGAGUUGAUAGUGUACAUUACAGUGAGACAAUACAGUAAACCUGUAUAUAGAGACACGCCCGAUACCUGUGUUCAGGAGUUGAUAGUGUACAUUCUAUAAUUGGUACAAUUGUUGUAGUUCUUGAUAUAAUGGUACAUGUAUAUAAUAAGUUUAUAAUCAGUGAUAUGUUGAUAUAAUGGUACAUGUAUAUAAUAAGCUUAUAAUCAGUGAUAUUGAUAUAAUGGUACAUGUAUAUAAUAAGUUUAUAAUUAGUGAUAUAUUGAUAUAAUGCUACAUGUAUAUGAUAAGUUUAUGAUCAGUGAUGUAUUAAUACAAAGUGUUUUAGUGAGACAUGAGAUAUGAGACACAUGUAUAUUGUUUAUAAAUGACAUCAAAGUAACACGAGAAUGUAUAAAUGCAAUUGAGUGGUGUUAUUCAGCUCACAGAGCAUUAAAUAAUUAAUACAACAGUAAUUGUCUAUAGGAAUUAGUAUAUUAUAAGAAUAAACCAUUUCAUUUGAUUUACUAACAUUAUUCAAUAAGACAAAGAGUCAAUUUCUAUUUGUUUCUGUAAAUAGCCAUAUUUUUAUGCAAAUAUUUAUGUGAAAUUACCCGUCAAGUUUAUAUUUUUGUGUGUAUUCAACCACACGAGAGAAGUGUCAAUUACUCAGUGUGACAAAAAAAACCUGCUAAUUGUUUUUGUAACUAGAUCAUGUUACUUAUGUUUAUAAUUUUAUGUAGAUAAUACUUGCCAUGUUUAUAUUUUUUGUAUUCAACCACACGCGAGAAGGGUCAAUUACCCAAUGUGACAAAAAUCCUGGUAAUUGUUUCUGUAAAUAGAUCAUGAUUCUUACGCAAAUAUUUAUUCGAAAUAAUGACUCGCCAGGUUUUAUAUUUUUUGUAUUCGACCACACGAGAAAAGAGUCAAUUUCUUAUUGUUUCUGUAAAUAGAUAUGUUUCUUAUGCAUAUAUUUAUGUGUAGUUUUGACUCGCCAAGUUUAUAUUGUUUUGCAUUCAACCAAACGUGAGAAGAGUCGAUUUCUAAUCGGGUUUUUUUUAAAGAUCAUGAUUCUUACGCAAACAUUUAUGUGAAAUAAUGACUCGCCAAGUUAUAUAUUUUUUGUAUUCAACCAUACGAAAAAAAAGUCAAUUUCUUAUUGUUUCUGUAAAUAGAUUAUGAUUCUUAUGCGUAGUUAUGACUCGCCAAGUUUAUAUUUUUGUAUUCAACCACACGUAAGAAGGGUCAAUUACCCAAUGUGACAAAAAUCCUGGUAAUUGUUUCUGUAAAUAGAUCAUGAUUCUUAUGCAAACAUUUAUGUGAAAUAAUGACUCACCAAGUAUUAUAUUUUUUGUAUUCAACCACACGAGAAAAGAGUCAAUUUCUUAUUGUUUCUGUAAAUAGAUCAUGUUUCUUAUGCAAAUAAUUAUGUCAAAUUAUAACUCGCCAAGUUAUAUUGUUUUUGUAUCAACCACACGAGCAAAAAGUCAAUUUCUAAUUGUUUAUGUAAAUAGAUGAUAUUUCUUACGCAUAUAUUCAUAUGUUGUUAUGACUCGCCAAGUUUAUAUUUUCUGCAUUCAACCACACGAGAGAAGUGUCAAUUUAUAAUUGUUUCUGUAUAUAUAUUAUGUUUCUUAUGCAUAUAUAUAUAUGUGUGUAGUUAUGACUCGCCAAGUUCAUAUUUUUGUAUACAACUACACAUGAGAAAAGUCAAUUUCUGAAUGUUUCUGUAAAUAAAUUAUGUUUCUAAUGUACAUAAUUAUAUGAAGUGUUGAAUCGCCAAUUUAAGUAUAUUUUUUGUAUUCAACCACACGUGAGAAGAGUCAAUUACGCAAAGUGACAAAAAUCCUGGUAAUUGUAUCUGUAAAUAGAUCAUGUUUCUUAUGUAUAUAUUCAUAUGUUGUUAAGACUAGCCAAGUUUUAUAGUUUUGCUUAAUUCAACCAAACCAGAGAAGAGUCAAUUACGCAAAUUGGCAAACAUUCUGGUAAUGGUUUCUGUAAAUAGGUCAUGUAACUUAUGUAUAUAAUUUUAUGCAGCUAAGACUGGCCAAGUUUAUAUAUUUUUGUAUUCAACCACACGUGAGAAGAGGCCAUAUUACCCAAUGUGACAAAAGUCCUUGUAAUUGUUUCUGUAAAUAGAUCGUGUUUCUUAUGCAAAUAAUUAUGUGAAAUUAUGACUCGCUAAGUUUGUAUUUUUUUGUAUUCAACCACACAUGAGAAAAGUCGAUUUUUAAUUGUUUCUGUAAAAAGAUGAUAUCUCUUAUGCAUAUAAUAUUUCAUAUUUUCAUGACUCGCCAAGUUUAUAUUUUGUGUAUUCAACCACAAGUGAGAAGAAUCAAUUACGCAAUGUGGUAAUUGUUUCAGUAAACAGAUCAUGUGUCUUAUGUUUAUAUUGUGUUGUUAUGACUCGCCAAGUUUAUUGUUUCUGUAAAUAGGUAUUGUUUCUUAUGCAUAUAUCUAUAUGUAGUUAUGACUCGCCAAGUUUUUUGUAUUCAACCAAACGUGAGAUUAUUGUUCUACCAUUAAAUACGGGUAAAGAAUGUAUCCGUAUUUAAUGGUUCCGACUUUUGUUGUAAAUACUGUUUUUAUUUUUUGCAUUCGACCAAACUCCAAGCAAGUGUAAUUGAUAAAAAUCAAGUCUAUGAACAUGAUGAUUGCAAUUAUUAUCGUAUACAUUAGACUCGCUAAAUACAUAUGUAAUAAUUGCUUGUCGAAAUGAUGUAAAUCAGACAUCAUGGACGUUAUCUCCCCUGCGUGUUCCGUGAGAUUGUGUAAAUAUUUACACUAAUCAAAAUUGAAAUUAUUUUUUAUUAAUGGUGUUUCUAUACGUAGUAAUUGUAUUGUAAUCAAUUAUGUCAUUUUUAUUUGCAGAACAUUGGUAAUUUCUCUUGACCUUUUAUUGUUGAUUACGUGUUCUGUUAAUGUUCCAAGAGAUAUUUCGUAUGUUAUCUCAUAGAAAAUAACACUUGGUUACUAACUUACGAAAUUAUUUCUGUUUCUGAUACAUAUUACCUAUAUGUUGUAUAUAUAUAUAUAAGUAUGACUCACAAAAUUAUGUUUGUCUAUUUCAUACACUGGGUGUUUCUUAAAUAAUUAAUUUUGCCAUUGUUUGUACGCAGAGUGCUGCUUUUUGAUUGGUUGAAUUUUUUUCAUACCACUAUGAAAAAUAUACCGAGAAAUGCGCGAAAAAUGUGACGUCACAAUACGACAAUUGACGUUGCGUAUUUAUUUGAGGAAAAUAAUCCCAUGUAAAACCAGUAAAAUUAUAAAUAAAACAUGUUUUUAAUUAGAUACUUAUUUUCAAAAAUUAAUUAUAAGCGUUGAUGUCUAUUUUUUUAGGUUCAUAGGGGUAUGAAAACAAAUUUGGUU